AUGGCUCCUACUGCUGCGGAGCGGGUUAAGCCCACCAAGCCGGACGAGGCCGCCUACAAGGCCAGUCUCGCUGAGGCCGAGAAGGAGCACACUGCUGCUCAAGAGAAAUUGAACCAAAUCAAGGCCAAGUUGGACAACGCGAAGCCUAAUAACCAGGAUUCGCCUACCGUUAAGAAGCAGCAAGAACUGCGCGCCGAAUUGUCAGCCAUUCGUCAGAAGCAAUCAGGCUUCAAGUCCAGCCGGUCCUCCACCCAGGAGAAGAUCAACGCCUUGGACGCCAACCUCAAGGCCCGCAUUGCCGAGCAGAACAACUCUCGUGGACGUCUGUCAUUCAAGAGCGUCGAAGAGAUCGACGAAAAGAUUGCCCGCCUCGAGAAGGAGGUCGACUCUGGUACCCUCCGCCUGGUGGAUGAGCGCAAGGCUCUCACCGAGGUCUCCAACUUGCGCAAGCAGCGCAAGAGCUUCGCCGGGUUGGACGAGGCGCAGAAGGGCAUUAACGACAUCAAGAGCCAGAUCUCUGAAUUGCGCAAGACCCUCGACAACCCCGAGGCCAAGGCACUGAGCGACAAGUACAGCGAGAUCCAGAAGGAGCUCGAUGCCAUCAAGGCCGAGCAGGAUGGUGUCUUCAAGAACCUGAACGCUUUGCGCGAUGAGCGCACCAAGCUGCGCAACGAGCAGCAGGAAAAGUACUCUGCUAUUCGCACUAUCAAGGAUACCUACUUCAAGGCCCGCCGUGCCUACAAGGAGUACGAGGAUGAGGCCUGGCGUGUGCGCCGCGAGCGCCAGAAGGCUGAGCAGGAGGCCUUUGCGCGUGAGAAGCGUAAGAAGAUCGCUGAUAAGAAGUUGGAGGAGGCCUCUCAGCUUGCCUACGCCGACGAGAUCCUGACCGCACAGGGUCUGAUCCGUCACUUUGACCCCGCUUAUGACUUCUCCUCACUGGGUCUGGACGAGAAGAAGGAUCAGGGCAGCAAUUUCCGUGCCGGUGUUGGCCGCACUGUUGAAGCCGCUGAGAUCAAGGGAAUGAAGGUUGUGCGCAAGGACGAUGAGGAGGACUACUUUGUCGGUUCCGGUGGAAAGAAGGGUAAGAAGGGCGGCAAGAAGGGUGGUGCCGCCAAUGUUGAGAGCACCAAGUUCAACAUGAACUCGGAUGUUCCCGCCUCUGUGGAGAAGCUGGCUGCUAAGAUCACCGAGUGGAAGAAGAACCAGGCCAGCAAGACGGAAGAGAACAUCAAGAAGGCCCAGGAAGAGAUCACCCGUCUCGAAGAGGAGGAGACCAAGGCUACGGCUCCUCAGACCAACGGCCGGGCUACCGAUGCUGCCAAGAAGCCCGCCCAAGAGAACGGUGCUCCAUCGGCGGACGCUGAGCUGGCCCAGGAGGAGGAUGCCGUGGCUGACGUUCAGGAUGAGCUUGAGAAGGCCAAGAUCGAGGAGAAGGCAUAG